AUUUUGGUAAUCAAUUUAUAUAUAUAUUACCAUGAAAACAAUAAAAGGUAUUGGAGUUGAUAUUGUAAAUAAUCAAAGAAUGUUAAAUAUAAUCAAAGCUUAAUAUGCUGAAAGAUUUUUGGUUAAGGUGCUCCACCCAAAAGAAAUUGAAUAAUUUAAAAGCAAAUCAACAAUUUAAUUACAAUAAUAAUAUUUAGCAUCUAGAUGGGCUGUAAAAGAAGCGCUUGUCAAGGCUUCUAGUUUUAAAGAGCUAGUAUUUCCAGAAGUUGAAAUUUGUAGAAAAUAAGAAAAACCCAAUAUUGUUUUACAUAAUAAGAAUUUGGAAUAUUUUAAAAAGAAUUUUGGAGAAUAAUUUGAAAUUUAAGUUAGUAUCUCACAUGAAGAUAGUUAUUCUAUUGGAUUUAUUAUUUUAUUGAUAUGA